AAAGAAAGAUAUAUUUUUUUAAUACGCAGCCCAUCAUAGUGCCUUAACUUCAAACUGUGUCUUAAUUUGAGAGCUUACUAACAAUUUUCCCACCAAAAGAAACGAAAAUAAAUUUCCCCGCGUUUUCUUGUGGAUUACUAACCAUUUUCCCACUCCAAACCGGGUUUUUAGCUUGACAUAUAUAAAAAUGCAUAAACUUUCUGUCUUAUUGGACAAACACCUUUUUUCCCCUUCUAUUUGAUAUCAUAAUAUGGUCAUUUAUAAAGCUACCGUACCUGCUGUUCCUAUUCCAGACAUUGAUCUUUUCAGCUUUCUUUUUAGCCCAAAUGAAUUUAAUCAAUCUAAAGAUUUAGACAAGCCUCUUACUAUCGAAGGUGAAACUGGAAAAUCACUUUCUUGGAAUCAAAUUCGUCACCAAGCACUUCAUCUUGCUGCUGGUUGGACAGAAAAUGUUGGAUUGAAGCAAGGCGAUACGGUUGCUGUCUUUGCUCCCAACCAAGUCAACCAUACUGUUCUUUACCUUUCACUUUUAGGUGCCAAAUGUACUAUUUCUCCUGGUAAUCCUGCUUAUACAGAAGCUGAGUUCCAACAUCAAAUUACUAACAGUCAAGCUACUGCUCUUGUUACUGUACCUGCCUUAUUGCCUGUUCUUCUCAAGAUUUGCGACAAGAUUGGUCUUGCUCGUAGUCGUAUCUUUUUAUUUGGCGACGAAGAAAUAGAAUGCUGUCGUCCUUUUACUUCUAUUACUGGUACUAAGCCUAUUUCUUUUCCUUUGCAAGGAGUGGAUGGUGCUAACGAUGUUGCUUUUAUUUGCUAUUCAAGUGGAACCACGGGUCUUGCUAAAGGUGUCAUGCUUACCCAUAAGAAUUUUAUUGCUCAAAUUUUGCAGACUGUGGAUGCUGAACCUGAAGAAGAUCGACUCUUGGAUGAUGUUAUCCUUGGUUUCCUUCCAUUCUAUCAUAUCUAUGGUUUAACUAGUUUAGUCUUGAAUGCUUACUAUAAGGUAACACCUGUUGUUAUUAUGUCUCGCUAUGACUUGGAAUUGUUGUGUCAAUUGGUUGAAAAGUACAAGGUCACAUUAGCAAGUAUUGUACCUCCUGUUGCUGUUCAUCUUGCAAAGCAUCCUAUUGUUACCAAAUACAACUUGAACUCAAUCCGUCUUAUUGGAUGUGGUGCUGCUCCAUUAAGUAGAGAACACAUUGAAACACUUGCAAAGCGUAUUCCUGCCCAAUUGAAACAAGGGUAUGGUAUGACAGAAACUACCUCUGGUAUCAUCUCUCAAAGUCUUCAAGGCGGUGUUGCAGGUUCUAUUGGUAUCUUGAGCGCAAACAUGGAAUGUAAGGUUGUGAAUGAAAAGGGUCAAGAGCUAGGUGACGAUGAAGAAGGUGAAUUCUUGUUCCGUGGACCAAGUAUCAUGAAAGGUUACUUUAACAAUCCUAAAGCCAAUGCCGAGACAUUUACCGCUGAUGGCUGGAUGCGAACAGGCGAUGUUGGUAAAUACGACUCCAAAUCUGGUGAAUUCUUCAUCCUUGAUCGUAUCAAGGAAUUAAUCAAAUACAAGGGCUAUCAAGUUGCUCCUGCUGAACUUGAAGCUAUUUUGAUGGGCCUUGAUAUUGUUGCUGACUGCUGUGUUGUUGGUGUAUAUGAUGAAAACCAAGCUACAGAAAUUCCUCGUGCCUAUGUUGUGCUUCAACCUGGUGUUGAAAAAAGCGAAAAGAACGCCAAGAUCAUUGAUGAAUAUGUGACAAAGAAUGUAACAAACUACAAGAAGUUACGUGGUGGUGUUAAGUUUGUAGAUAUGAUUCCCAAAAGCCCAAGUGGCAAAAUCCUUCGUCGCCAAGUCAAAGAAUGGGUCAAGAAGGAGCAACAAGAAACCGCUGUGAAGGCUCGCUUGUAAAACUAUAUUUGUAAUAGAAACCCUUUUUUUAAUAAAAUGAAAUUCUAAUUGAUUUGGAUAUCACGUAACACAGAAAACGAUUGCUUUUUCAGAAAUGAAACAG